AUGGCUCCAAGACCAGAAGUGGGGACUGAUUCCUCCCCAGCUCUCGAUGACAACACUCCGGCUAAGGACAUCCCACCGGCUUACUCCACCGUGGACCUGGUGAAUGAGGAUCCAGAUGCAGAUCCCUGGAAUCUCCCAGAGCUCACAGACACUGGGGUCAAGUGGUCAGAGCUGGAUACAAAGGGGAAGAUUAUGAGAGUGCUGACAGCCGUACUGAAGCUGGUUACGCUGCUUGGUCUUCUCUACAUUUUUAUUUGCUCUCUGGAUGUUCUCAGUUCUGCUUUCCAGCUGGUCGGAGGCAAAGCUGCCGGUGACAUCUUCCAGGACAAUGUUGUGUUGUCCAACCCUGUGGCCGGGCUGGUGAUCGGGGUGUUAGUCACAGUGCUGGUGCAGAGCUCCAGCACCUCCUCCUCUAUUGUGGUUAGCAUGGUGUCCUCUGGAUUGCUGGACGUCCAGUCUGCUGUGCCGAUCAUCAUGGGAGCCAACAUAGGAACAUCUGUCACCAACACUAUCGUGGCCAUGAUGCAGGCAGGAGAUCGAAAUGAGUUCCGCAGGGCAUUUGCUGGUGCUACAGUCCACGACUUCUUCAACUGGCUCUCUGUGCUCAUUCUUCUGCCCCUGGAAGUAGCUACAGGCGUCCUGUACAAACUCACCCACCUCAUAAUCGAAUCCUUCAAUAUCGAGAGUGGAGAGAACGCCCCCGACCUGCUCAACGUCAUCACGGACCCUCUCACAAACUCCAUCGUCCAGCUGGACAAGUCUGUGAUCACUGGCAUUGCCACUGGUGACCCAGCAGCCAGAAACAAGAGUCUGAUCAAAGUCUGGUGCAAAAAAGAGACCAACACGACUUUCUGGAACGCGACGGUGGAGAACUGCACUGCCGGUGCCGUCUGCUGGGAAGAAGGAAACCUGACCUGGACCCAGAUGAACACGACUUGGACUGAUUACCAAGAGAAAUGCAAACACCUCUUCGCCAAUACUAAUUUGCCAGACUUGGCAGUGGGCCUCAUUCUCCUGGCUCUGUCUUUGCUCGUCCUCUGCACCUGCCUCAUCCUCAUCGUCAAGCUGCUCAACUCCAUGCUGAAGGGACAGGUGGCUGUGGUCAUCAAGAAGGUGCUCAACACAGACUUCCCCUUCCCCUUCACUUGGGUUACUGGCUAUAUUGCUAUCUUGGUGGGAGCAGGAAUGACCUUCAUUGUUCAGAGCAGUUCUGUUUUCACCUCAGCUAUAACUCCUCUUGUUGGUAUCGGUGUCAUUAGCCUUGAGAGAGCCUAUCCUCUGACCCUGGGGUCGAAUAUUGGUACAACAACCACUGCUAUACUUGCAGCUAUGGCUAGUCCUGGGGAAACACUAGCCAACUCCCUGCAGAUUGCACUUUGCCAUUUCUUCUUCAACAUCAUGGGUAUCAUGCUGUGGUAUCCAGUCCCCUUCAUGCGAGUGCCCAUCAGGUUGGCCAGAGGGCUGGGGAACCGUACGGCAAAGUACCGCUGGUUCGCUGCGCUCUACCUCUUCCUGUGCUUCUUGGUUUUCCCUCUGCUGGUAUUCGGCCUGUCUCUGGCUGGCUGGCAAGUCCUGGUUGGCGUCGGCGUGCCCCUCGUUGUGUUGAUUGUCUUUGUGAUCAUUGUCAACGUGAUGCAGUCUCGAUGCCCCCGCUACCUGCCCAGGGUCCUCCGCAACUGGGACUUUUUACCCCGCCCCCUGCACUCCAUGGCGCCGUGGGACGCUCUGGUAACCUCAUCCAUGGGCUUCUGCUGCAAACAUUGCUGCUGCUGCUGCAAAUGCAAGUGCUGCAAAAAAGAGGAGGAUGAAAAGAUCAGAAAGAACAGCACGAGGAGUCUGGAGAUGUACGACAACCCAGCCAUGUCAAGAGACGAGGAUACAAAGGAGGCUGUCAAAGCAACACAUCUUUAAUACUCUAAAGUUUAAAAAAAACUUGUAUCUCAAUGCAAUAAUUUUAUUUGUAACACACUUUUAAUUGUUCGUCACUUCUCAGGUUGUGGUAUGUUGAUUAUUCCCUUGUACCAGAUGAUAUAUUAAGCUGUAUUGUAAACACUGCCGAUCACCAUCACGCCGGAUGUAGAGAAGUGUUGGACGUGUCAUUAUGAACCUGCUGUUUCUGGACAUGUGUUGUUUAUUUUAUGAUGUUUUCAAUUUACUGUGCAGACUCACCGUCUGAACUGCUAUGACUUAACUA